AGCGACGGUGUUUAACUUUUGUGGACAAAGUCGUGUUUCUGAGUUUCCCCCAAAAAAAAACAGAGAUUAUAAGAAUCGAAAAUUGGCUUCGUAAUCGAGAGAAUUAACAAAUCUACGAAAUGGAUGAAAGAGUUCGAGAAAUUCGUGGCUCUCAUGGUGAUGCUAAAGCUGAUAGAAUCAGGGAGACUAGAGAUGAAGAUUCUAGCUUACGUGAAGGCUUUGUCGACGAGAGCAAAAGACUUGAACCAGAUCAACAAAAGCGCGGUAAAUACUUUUUCUACGACACGCCGCUCUCUGAGGAAACCGGGGUUUGGAUACCUGUUUCAGUCCCACCAAUGUUAGAACCUGAUCAUGAGGAAUGGUCAAGAGGCCUUAGCUUCAAUGGUGGCUACUUCCCGGAGGGAGAUAUGGGAUGGAACCAAUUCGUUGAUGAAGACAAGGAGUUAACCAUGUGGGAUGUGAUAGUUGAUAUGUUACUCGCAGCACGUGGCAAAGCGAGUGCUCUUUCUUCGGGCAACCUUGAGAGUUGUGGCAUUUCGUUUUUGUCUGGCCAUCUUCUUGAGCAAGCUUGGCAAGAGAUGGCUCAGACUCUCACCGAGGCAAACUUUGGUAACGCGAGAGAGAUUCUUGAAACAGAACCGCCCAAGUGGCUACCAGAUAGCGCUGCUUCUGCUUGUAUGCUUUGUAGCGUGAGGUUUCACCCUAUAAUGUGUUCGCGUCAUCACUGUCGAUACUGUGGAGGAUUGUUCUGUAGGGACUGUUCUAAAGGAAGAAGCUUGCUGCCUGUAAAGUUUCGUGUUUCAGAUCCCCAAAGGGUUUGUGAUGUGUGUUGUGUGAGGUUGGAGUCUGUACAGCCUUAUUUGAUGGACCAAGUGAGUCCUGCUGCUCAGCUGCCAACCCAUGACUUGACAGAUCUUAGUACUUUGAGGUCUUGGGUGAAUUUUCCUUGGGGACAAUCUAUGGAGUAUGAGAUUUAUAAGGCAACAAACACUAUUCGGGGUUAUAUAACUAAGGUUGGUUCUUCGAGAACUGAGAGGUCCAUCCCAGAUGCCAUUUUAAGACAAGCAAAAGGUCUUGCAGUAAUCACUGUCGCCAGAGUUGGAGUUAUGGUUACAUAUAAAAUCGGGACUGGACUAGUGGUUGCUCGUAGAGAUGAUGGCUCCUGGUCUCCACCGUCCGCCAUCUCUUCAUUUGGUAUGGGAUGGGGUGCUCAGGCAGGAGGAGAGUUCAUAGACUUUAUCAUCAUUCUAAGAACUCGUGAUGCCAUCCGAACAUUUGGGAGUAACACUCAUCUUGUUGUUGGAGCUGGUUUAAGCGCUGCAGUUGGUGUGACUGGACGAGCCGUUGAAGCAGAUAUCCGAGCAGGUAGCGGUGGUUAUGCCGCUUGCUAUACUUACAGUUGCAGCAAAGGUGCAUUUGUUGGAUGCUCGCUUGAAGGAAGCAUCUUCACAACACGUACUAGUGAGAACUCACGGUUCUACGGGAGCCAGUCUCUAGCUGCGUCUGACAUUCUCCUUGGCUCUUUGCCUAGACCACCCGCUGCUGCUCCACUAUACCGUGCGCUUGGUGAUCUGUUUCAGAAGAUUGGGAGUGAAACUGUUCGGUCCCCAACAAUUUCUCCGUUGUCUGAAGACUGAAUUCGUUGAAACUGGCUUUAUCUAUUUGGAAGAAUGACAAUCUUUGUAUAUAAAUUCAUGCAAAUUCUUGAAUGUAAAUAGUUUAUGGAGGUU